AUGAAUAGGCGGCCCCGGGUUAGUCCAGAGACUGCGCAGGCGGUUCAAGCCGCUAGAGCAGAAAAAGGACAACUUCAAUCGAGCUCACCUUACAGCUGGAACGUGUUUCGACGUCUUGAAUGUCUCAAAGUUGUUGAAAGAUACCUUGAGCAAACUCAUGAGAAUCCUGGACAGUUGCUCAACGUUAAGGCAAUUAUGGCAGGAUACAUGGCACCCCAAGGGCAGGGUAAACUGACUUGGAAGUCCUGGGCUGUGUCAUACUGGAUUCGGGGUGCUAAAGGCAACGAGAAACACUUCCACUGGGAUGACUGCAUCGAGCGUGAAGGGAAGGCGAAUGCGCUCGAACAAUCCAUGUGGAUAGAAGGUCUCAAUCUCGUGUUUCGGGUACCAGGUGCUGCAGAAAGGCACGUCCCAAUAACUUUCGGGACAUCUAUCCCCAUAGAUCCCUCUGAGCUCACCGCACCGGCGGGGAGCAAUAAUCCCGGCCUUUUCUUCCUGAACCAGCUGGUGGGAAGGGGCGAGCCUGAGUUUAUCUACGAAAACAGAAGAACAACUAUCUUGCUUUCUCCUGCGGUACUAGGGCAAAUCGAGACCGCAGCUAAUUCACGUGCACCUGAAUUGGGUUAUAGUGUCUUCCAUUGUGGACAGGGAGUGCUCCAAGUCUACCGCGCGGUGGCUCUCGAGGUAAACUUCGCCAACUCAGAUCACGAGUCUAUGGAGUCGACCUGGGCCAAUUGCCGCUGUGCUACAUCCUCUGGCCUUGGUCAGGAUGGAAUCCGUCUUUUGUACAGCAUAGGCGACAUGUCUGUUUGCCGUGACAUGAUAGCUUUGGAGGUUGAGGAUGAUGAGGAUGAGAGUAACGAGGAUGAGGAGUAG